CGGGGUGGACGGUUCCCCGCUGACAGCUGGCCAGUAGGUCUUGCCCACCUAUUCCCAUUUAGGGGCCCGUUUCUGUCUCUGUGUAGCCAGCCUUGUUGCCAACCCAAGUUCUUCUCUUGCACGUGCAGUAAACAGGUGUGUGGGAUGCAUACACUAAGACCUUGCAGGGGUAGCACCGCGAGCAGACUAGGGUGCGUAAGAGUCAAACAGCUCAAGAUUAAAGGAAAAGGAGCGGCCUAUGCAAGAAGUGGUGGGAUGUCAGAAAAGAAGAUCUUUAUUUUGGCAUACAGUGCUUUACAGGAUAUGGCACUAAAUAGAGCAAUUUGGAGAGAGACAGUUUAUAGAGCAGACUCCAUUUGGUGGGAUUUACAUAAGGAAGAAGACCAAAAGCUGCAAGUGAACAAAGCAAGGCCCUUUCCCCACCCAGUAAAGCAUCUUCAGCUGUACUCCUGCAGAGCCUAAUCUAUUCUUUAGGGCAUAUGGCAAAGCACCUUGGCUGGCUCUUGCCUGAGGGUUGAGAUGGAGAGGCUUAUACUUUGGUUGCUUAGGUAAGGUAGAGUUUUGCAUAGUGUGCUACUGUUUGAGUUGUAGGUGAGCCCAGAAUCUUUGCGGUGAGCUGGUUUUUAGUGGUGGGGAAAAUAGCUUACUUGUUAACAGGCAGUGAGUGUGUGAUAACAUGCUUAACGUCCACUUCUAGAGCUGGAUCAGGUUGGAAACAUAACUUCCUUGUAUUUAUCGACUGGUACUGGCUUGGUUAUGGUGACAUAACUCUACAAGUGCCUCCAACUCUUUGCCUUCCUUUUUAAAGAUGGGAAAUGGAAAUAAGGUACUUUCCUUCACAGGGAUAGUUAGGAGGAUUACUUAAUGUUUGUAACAAGAAGAUGAAAAGCUUUAUUAAGUGUGCCAUUAUCAACUUGGCAAAAUGGAGGACAAACUGAGCAAUGAUCCCACCCAGCAUAGGGAUCAAAACUUGUUAGCUACAUACUCUUCGAUGGAAGGAUCUGUAUGCUGAGAAAGGGAGGAGGAAACAGACAUAUAGCAGAGAGCAAAAAGCUAGUGUUCCAUGUGCUACUGCUGUUGAAAAGACAUGCCGGACCAGAGCACCCAGAGUGAGGCGCACCUCUUCGCUAGAUACCAUCCUUGGAUCGUACCUCCUAGGACAGUGGCCACGGGAUGCUGAUGGAGCUUUUGCUUCGUGCAUGAAUGACAAAGCUACCCAGACUCCAACGUCCUGGCACGAAGUGGAAGUCGGGAAGGCCACUGCCAGUACUCAUAAGCGUUCCGCAUCUUGGAGUAGCACAGAUCACCGCAGAGAGAUUGCUAAACUGAAGCAGCAGCUCCAGCGAACGAAGCUAAGUGGCAAAGAGAAGGACCGGAGCUCCCCACUCCAGGGGGAUCACGCUGUCCUUGGAUCAGUCAGGGACUCACCUCCUGGACUCCCUCCUGCAUCUCCUGUUUUGAGGCUCAGCCCCUGCUUACAUAGGAGCCUGGAAGGACUGAACCAGGAGCUGGAGGAGGUGUUUGUGAAGGAACAAGGAGAUGAGGAGCUUCUCAGGAUUCUGGAUGUUCCAGACGGCCACAGGGCACCAGCCCCUCCCCAGAGAGGCUCUGAGGAUCUUCUGCUGCUGACUCUGGAACCCAGCAGUAGCAGUUGCAGCAGCCUUUCUCUUUCCCCAUCCCCUUCUGUGCCUCUCCGAUCUUCUCCACACACCCCUGCAAGAGCAGCUACAGAGGAGCUUUCUUCUGCCCUGGACGAGCCACUGCCUGACCCCAAGGAGAAAGAAUCUUCUCAAAAAAGUCUUCCUUCCCUGCUAGAGGAUGGUAGCCCCUCUCCAGUCCUGGCCUUUGCCUCAUCUCCUCGACCUAACCACAGCUACAUGUUUAAACGGGAACCUCCUGAGGGAUGUGAAAAAGUCCGGGCCUUUGAAGAGGCUUUAUCCCCCAGCCCUGAUCAGAAUUUUCUGCCCUCCUGUCCUGAUAAGAACAAAGUCCACUUCAACCCAACUGGCUCUGCCUUUUGUCCGGUCAGUCUGGUAAAGCCUCUCUUUCCAAACAUGGGCUUCUUGUUCAGAAGUUUCCCUACUACCCCCAGCCCCGUGCCACCAGGCACCUUCACCUCCUGCCAGUCCACUGCCCCAGGCCCAUUCCUUGGGUCGCGGAAAGACUCCGCAGCAGAUGGCUUUCACAAGGUCUCUAAUUCGCCUCCACUGAACUUUGAACACUGGAAGCGCACCCAGACAGAAGAGAGUGUCCUCUUUCAUAGCUCUCUUGUGGUCUGAGGCCGUUGGGAGACCCGGCACAGCAAAGCAUCUGUGGUCCUUCAGUGCAUCUUAAACAGCCUGUGGUGCCUUGAAGUUGGGACUUGAGGGUUAGAUGGGCAGCCUUGGGAUUGAAAACCACAGCAAGUUUCCUCCAGAAUGAUGGUGAAAACUUAAGUACAAUGUGCCACAGGACUCUUUGCUGCUGGAGUGGUUCCUUUCUUCGAGCCCCCCAGUACUUAAAGCACUUUCCUCUCCUGUGUUGAAAUGUCAUUUUUUUUCCUGUAUGAUUGUUUUGCUGUCAAAGAGCAGCUGGGACACUGCUGCUGGUGGGCAGCAUUGUAAUUCAAGCUACCUGGCUCUGUAAAUGAAAUUCCUUGCUGCAGGUAUUCAGGGGACAUGGGAGUUUCCUAGCACUUCUCAUCCCCACAGUUGUCACAUGGAUUUCCUGCACCCAGAGGGAGGGAGGCCAGUAGCUUGGCUGCCUCCUGGAGAGCUGGUAGAACCUGGCUUAGCUGAUUUCAGCGAUCUGAAUGUAUUGGGCAGAAUUUGACAAUGAAUCUGCACUCUAUCAAAGGCAGCUUGAGCCACUCAGAACACCCAAAUACAGACGAGAAAGACGUGAGGGGUUUGGAAGUGAACUGUAGACAGUUCCACUACUGGAUAUCCGAACCCUUUGAAAUAGCCACCUAGAGCUUUCAGGAGCCUCUUGGAAUGCCUUGCUGAUCAAAGAUAGAGAAUGCAGAUCAGAUACCUGCCAGUGCACCUUCAGGGACCUCUGUUUGCAGAAGACCUGUACUCUGGGAAGCUUCUUCCAUGCCAGAGGAUGAAUAAGGAGAGAGGUGCUGCUGUGGAGCUGUCUGCAUGGCUUGGUAGGUAGCGGAGGGCCUCUCAGACCCCCACCGCCUUUUUUCAGGGGAAGAAGAUGGAAAUCGAAGUCCGAGCAGCAUACAAAAGGCUUCCACGGAAUUGUGGAAGGUUGCUGCUAGUAGAGAUGUUACAUGCUGCUUUCCAACCGAAUGCUGUAGACAACCUGACUGGUUCUGGUAUUGUUUGCAUGUGCAGGGGUGGAGUUGGGGAUCAGAACCAUUUUGUCUCACCGCAGAAAAACUUUAUGCACAGACAUAAGAUCAUCCUAACUGGGCUGGAGUCUGAGAUCUUGCUAGACCCAGCGAUGCUUAUCCCAGCACAAAGCCUUAUAAGGUGAAACUAUAACAUGGGGAAUUCGGAUUGUAAUGCCUCUUGAAAAUGAAAGUAUUUGAUUUGUGUUCUGUUGCUAAGGCUCUGGGUUGUAUUGAAGAAGCCUAUUUUCUUGUAUCUGAUGUAGAAACUCUAUUUUCUUCCAAAGACACUAUUUUUGCAGCUGUUUGAAGUUUGUAUUUUAUGUAUGUAUUGCAAAGCUUAAAGGAGGAAUGUUAGCCUUGGAGUUUUUCUUGUCUUGUGUUCAAAGUUUUUUGCAGAUCUUGGUGUUGCCAGUAAAAAAAAAGUAUUAUUAUUAUUAUU